CUCUGUGACACUCUGUGACCUGUGGUUUCCUGACCUGAUCCACGUGUGUGUUAGACGUUGGACACACGUCGCGGUGUUAAAGUCACUCGAGCGACCGGAGCGACUAUGGAACCGAUUGCACAUCUUGUCAAAGUGUCCGUUCCGAAUUAUCUGGCCGGCCUACCGAUUCCUGAUUCGAUCGGCGGAUGGUUUCGAUUAGGAGUGAAGGACUGGUUCGCUCUUCUGCCACCUACUGCCCUUCUCGCGGGUUUGGGAUACAUGUCCUACAGGGCGUUUUGUCCUCACGGCAGACCUGCGCCACAUGGUUGCGUUAAUCUCAAAGUAAAGAAAGACAUUGCAAAAGUAGUGGAUACUGUUGAUAUCGAAGAUAUCUCUGAAAAAGCUGUAUUUUGUCGCUGUUGGAGAUCUGAAAAUUGGCCAUACUGUGACGGCUCUCAUGGACGUCACAACAACGAGUGCAAUGACAAUGUAGGCCCACUCAUCGUCACGAAGAAAGGCUAAUUACAUUGAUUAAUUGCUAUGACUAAUUGUUAAUUUCUUAUCACUGUAAGAUAUUUACAUGCGCCAUGCUGUAGAUAAAAAUGAGGAAAGAUCAAGUAGAUGAAUCUUUAUUCCUCUCUGUAGAUAAAUUUCACAAAACAA